ACGCUUUCCAUCGAGGCGGACUUUGAGCGUUCGCCGUCGCAUCGCGGAGAAGAGCGCAUGCGCGAGUGUUUUCGGCGCGGCGCGCGGAAAACCGGAAUUGAAAGUGGGCAAGAGGAACGAAAAACGCGCGACAACGGAAGCAAAUAAAAAAGCGAAAGAGGAUCGUCUCUCCGUUCGGUUAAUUCGUCGGCAUGGCGAACGCGCAUGCGCAUAAGCAUCUCCGAAACUUAAACAGGUGUUUUAUUCGCGCCGGGCGCUGUCAUUGACAGGGUGCGCGUGCCACCAACGUAGGGGCGUCGCGAUCGCCGCCGAUCGGCAGUCAAUCAGGUUAGGCCUGUUUCGCGCCCGCUCGUUUUCGUCGACGACGACGUGGAGACGUCGAGAGCGACGGACCGGUCGCGCCGUCGACGACGUCGCGUUCAUGCGAUAACGAAGGCGCGUAUACAGGGUGUUCUUUGAUGGUGCAACGAGGCAAGCGGCGGGAGCGGUCCCGACCUUGACAUGGAGGGCCACGACAUUCAAGAACUAGCGGUGACCGCUAAGGACAGCGUGAUCGUCAGAGGUGGAUACCCGGCGCCCUAUUCCUCACCGAAUGGCGAUGCGGAUUUGGGUAUGGCCGCGGGGGCGGUUGGCGGUCCCGUCCUGACUCUACCUCCGGUUCCGGUCAGCAUUGCUGCGUGUGCCAUAUGCGGCGAUCGCGCCACCGGUAAGCACUAUGGUGCCGCAUCUUGUGACGGUUGCAAGGGCUUUUUCCGGCGAUCUGUCAGAAAAAAUCAUCAGUACACGUGCAGGCUUAUGAGAAAAUGUCAGAUCGAUAAGGACAAACGGAACCAGUGUAGAUAUUGUCGAUUGCGCAAAUGCUUUAGAGCCGGUAUGAAGAAAGAGGCCGUACAAAACGAGAGAGACCGUAUAAACAAUCGACCACCGAGUAAUGAGAAUCAGACGGAAAACAGUGGCCCGUCGAUGGAGGACUUACUGAUGGCUGCGAGGCAUAUCGGAAUGCUUGAGCUAGGCAAUCCGAAAGAAGACGUCGAUCCUAGCACAAAACGGAUAGCUGGCUUAAACGAUGUGUGUGACAGUAUGAAGGAGCAAUUGCUGAUCCUAAUCGAGUGGGCCAAAUGUAUCAAGGAAUUUGAAACGCUACCACUGGACGACAAAGUAGCAUUGUUGAGAGCUCAUGCAGGUGAACAUCUGCUGCUGGGGGUGGCGAGACGCAGCCAGAUACAUAAAUUGACGGACGUGCUAUUGCUCGGCAACGAUUGCAUCAUCAUGAGAAAUUAUCCCGUAAUAUCGUUGCAAUUCACAGAAGGAAGCAAUCAGCAGGACUUAGAUAUCAGCAAGGUUGGCGUUAGAGUGAUGGACGAACUGGUCGAACCAUUAAAAAAGAUUAAGAUCGACGACACUGAAUUCGCUUGUCUCAAAGCACUCGUGUUCUUUGAUCCGAACGCGAAAGGUUUAAGUAAUUCGGAGACGAUCAGGACUCUGCGUAAAAAUAUCCAGAUAAAACUUGAGAAUUAUAUCAGCGAUUAUCGCUGUCAUCUCACAGGACACUUUGGCGAUAUCCUCCUGUUGUUACCAGCCUUGCAGUCGAUUUCAUGGCAAAUGAUCGAGCAAAUACAAUUUGUCAAGCUAUUCGGAAUGGCGCAUAUCGACAAUUUGCUUCAAGAAAUAUUCUUCGGCACCACAUCGGAGAUAAAUGACACCAUCACGUCCAUACCAAUCUCAAAUACUGCGCCGGGCAGUUACAUGAGCAGCAAUGAGAGUCCUACCAGUCCUUUAACUCCAGCCAAUACCGGUAAUCUCAGUCCGCAGAAUGAUCAAAUGCCCGUUAUGAUUCUGAGGGAUUUGGCGCCGAAUCAGGACUUCAGGUUCUUCAAACAAGAACCAAGUCUCGAGCCCGAGACUAGCUUCUGACUAGAUUGGGAACUGACUAGCCAAUGAUGUUCUGCUCAAACAGUUGCUCAAUAAUAAAGUAACUAAAUAACAUAUAUUACGUUACCGUAGCGAAAUAAAUAUCGAAUUAAACGUAAUUGCGAUAAUGUUAAUAAUAAUAUAUAUCGGUAUAUGCAACGCGUGAGAAAAAUAACACCGAAUCCGACACAUUACCUUGCGCGAAGUGAAUACAGAAUUUCUCCUAUCGAAUAGUGUCGUAUGGCAACGUACGUCGCUUUGCCAAACUAUUGAAACAAGAAUUAUUUGAUUUUGCGAUACGCACGCAAAAAAAAAAAAUGCAUUAUGGGAUAUCUUUGUAUCCAUGUGGAAUUGCCAUAUUCGAUGAAAGGAUCAAUGUACGUCCACUUGAUGUGUACAAUACAUUAAUUUUGCCAUAUCGUGUCGAUUUCGCAUCUGUACAAAAUGAUUGAUCGCCGAUCAAGAGAUCGCCUAUAUAAAUGUAAUAAGCGAUCGUAUCUUGCCACUAUUAGUACAUAUUACUGUUGCAACAAUGUUUGCGCUGUUUCCGGAAUACGGAUCAAGACCAAAAAUCGAGGAAAACGAAGCAUGUGUAUAAUAUCAUGUCACAAGAAAUUGUGACAAUAACUGACACCUGAAUUAAAGCAAGACUUGAAAUCAAUAUAAUUAUAUAAUUAUAUAAUUUUCAAUUUUUCUUGCUAUAAUGUAUAAAAAAAACUCAGUCUUAUCAUAGCUGAGUGUCACAUUUUUAUCGUUACGAUUUACACAUAGAAAUCGAUUUUGCAUGUCCUACGAUAUCAAAAUCCGAAUUCAGCGAAAUAAUACCGGUUUCAAUCUCUGAUUUCGAGAGAUGCAGUAAAGCUAUAUCUGACUAUUAUUUGUACAGAAACAUACAUUUACAAGUAUGUUAUAUCAAUUAUAUUAAAUAAACGAAGACAAUCUACAGAGAUAUUAUUAAAAAUAUUUUUUUACUGUUCUGCUCAAUCUAUGAAUGGAAAUAAUGUUAUUUUAAUUCGUGAUGUAGUAGUGUAAAUAGCAUGAUGCAAUAACAUUAUAAUAUAUAUGUAUAACAUUCCAAAUAUAGCUGUACCGAUAUUAUAAUAAGCAUUAAUUGUAAAUAUUCCUAAAAUAACUGAUGGGAGACGCGCGCUAAAUGUGAUUAUUUAGCACGAGUUUCUUGCAAAAUGAAAAAUGCGCCAUUGCAAUGCAAUUUAUCGUUAGUACCAUAGUGAUAAGAAGUGCACGUGCAUUAGCCGUUUUGCACGCGUGUAUAUGAAAUUAUCAAUAAACCGAUACAGCAAUGCCUGAUCAAGAUAGCUAAUGCACUUUAUUCUGGUGUUAGGUUUUAGUGAAGUCUACAUAUAUUAUGGCCGGACGAAAAAGCAAUAACGUAGUAAUCGGAUAAAAAUAUUAAUGUUAAUGAUAGAGAAAAAUAAUGAGUAUGAAAAUCAUAAUACUGUAAUAUUGUAAUAAUAUAUAGGAUAGAUCGAGAGAAUUGCUGGUAUAAUCGAAAUAGAAGUGAUUUCUCAUAUAAAAGUAAGUUUGAUAAUAUAUGUAUAAACAGAUAUAUAAAUUUUAUUAAAAAAUUUAAAAAAUACUUCUGAUAUUUUACACACAAUUUUUCAAUAAGUUAAAUUGUUUUAAAUUUUAUUCUCUUUCUUUCUCUCUCUGAAAUAUAAAAAAAAUAUAAAUGUAAAAGUAUAAUUAUAUAUCUCAUUCAAGCUUAAAAAGCUUAUUAAUUCUCCAACUUUAAAAAUUAAUUUUUUUCGAAAAUAAAGCUUUCUAUGAGACAAAUUUUAUUCUAUAACUUUGAUUUACUUUUCGACAAUAAAUUCGGUUAUAUUACGAUUUUCGAUCCAUCUAUAUAUAUGUUAUGCAUUAAUCAUACAGAUUUAUACUAUAAUCAUAAUAAUCGAGAAUAAUUCUGAAUUUUAAAAAAUUUAAACGCAAUAUAAGUAAAUUCAUAAUUUGUAAACACUUAUAGCAGUACGAUUUAUAAGACUUUACGAUUAUCUUUUCUUUCUUUUCUUUAUUUAAAUUAAUUUUACUACGAUUUGAUUUUUUUUCAUUACAAUAAUUUUUAUAAGUUAUAUUUGUAUUAUUAAAUUUUGAAUAAUUUUCAUGACAUGUAUUCUCAUGCAUUAUAUUUUCAUACAUAAAGUCUCAAUAUGUAUAGUGCUAUAUUAAAAGACAUAUGUUUUAUAGUGUAAAUCGUAGAUUUUACUGUAGUAAGUCCGGCGAAUAUAUUUUCUAUUUUUGUACGAAAAAGAAUUUAAGUUACAUUAACAUUUAGCAUAAGAUAUAUAGUAGUGCAACAGAAGAAACAAUUAUGAUUAAUAAUGAAAAGAUAUUUCAUUGGAGAAGUGUAAUAUAUUAGUGUUUUGUGUAUAUAUAUCUCUGUUAAGAUAUAUAUUUUAACAAUUGUUAUAGUCGUGGGUUGUGAAAUAGAUAUUAUUACCUUUUGUUGCACAAUUCUUUCUAUACAUUGUUAACAGUUCGAAUGUGAUUGAAUCCAAGAUGUGUAAAUAAAAUUUUUAUUUGUUAUUUAAUAAAUAGAACUCAUAUAGAUAUUCUUAUAUAAAGGGAUAUGUAAUUUCAUAAGAUAAUAAAUUUUAUUUAAUAUUA